AUGGCCGCCGGCCGGCCGGGGCAGGGUGCCGGGGCGGCGCUGAGCGGAACGAGCCGCCGGCGGAGCGGGGAUUUACCUCAGCCGGCGCGCGCGCUCCCGCAACGGCCCAGCGCGAGGCUGCCGGGGCGCACCCCCCCCACACCCACCCACCCCUCCCGCGGCCACGUGACCCCGCCUCACAUGGGCAAGAUGGCGGCGCCCAGAGCUGUCAACGUGCUGCGGAGCGGAGGUUCUGUGACUGGCUGCCACAUAAUCUUUUCUUUGUGCAAUCGUAUCUACCUGCACAGGCAGCCAAGCAAUCAACAGCGAAGAUGCUCCUUUUUUCAGGGACAAAGAAACGCUGCUUAUAGUAUAGUUUGGCCAGCCAUGGUUUCUCCAGCUCACCCAGUUCCUAAGCAUAUAAAGAAGCCAGACUAUGUGACGACAGGCAUUGUACCGGACUGGGGAGACGACAUAGAAAUUAAGAAUGAAGAUCAGAUUCAAGGACUUCGUCAAGCUUGUCAAUUGGCCCGUCAUGUCCUGCUUCUGGCUGGAAAGGGCUUAAAGGUUGGCAUGACAACUGAAGAAAUAGAUUCCAUUGUUCAUCAUGAAAUAAUCAGACAGAACGCCUAUCCGUCACCUCUGGGCUAUGGAGGUUUUCCAAAAUCUGUUUGUACUUCUGUAAACAACGUGGUAUGUCAUGGUAUUCCUGACAGUCGACCUCUUCAGGAUGGAGAUAUUAUCAACAUUGAUGUCACGGUGUAUUACAAUGGCUACCAUGGUGACACUUCUGAAACGUUUUUGGUGGGCAAUGUGGAUAAAUCUGGUCAAAAGUUAGUGGAGGUUGCCAGGAAAUGUAGAGAUGAAGCAAUUGCAGCUUGCAGACCAGGGGCUCCCUUCUCUGUAAUUGGAAACACAAUCAGCUCCGUGGCACGGCGGGGUGGCUUCCAGGUCUGCCCCUCCUUCAUCGGCCACGGCAUUGGGUCGUACUUCCACGGGCACCCCGAGGUGUGGCACCACGCCAAUGACAGUGAUUUGUUAAUGGAAGAGGGAAUGGCGUUCACAAUAGAGCCGAUAAUAAUGGAAGGAUCCCCCGAAUUUAAGAUUCUGAAUGACAAGUGGACUGCAAUUUCUGUAGACAAUAAAAGAUCAGCACAGUUUGAACAUACCAUUGUGAUUACCUCAGAGGGAGCAGAAAUCCUCUCUAAAGUGGUGGAAGAAGACUAAAGAUGGAGCAAGGAGUGGAGGACCUCGCUGUGCUUCUGGAGUUUCCAGUUUUGCUCGGGACGGAGAGGAGAUUUCUGUAAUUUCUGUGGGGAAUGGGUGCUGUGUAAGUCGCUGCAGGGGACAGAAAAAGCAGCUUGAGGGGUCGGCUCUGGACAUAGUUCUUUCUGUGUGUUACCUGGUGAGUAUUUAAUAAAAGUCCCUUGGCUUGUUUGUGACCCUGGAAGUAGCCAUGCACAGCCUGCGAGAGCAAAGGGUUAUUUGGGGUGAGGGGCAGAGAGCGGGUCCCUUCUCUUCCAAAUCCUACACAGGACAAACACGUAUCGGAUGACACUGUCUCGGUACAGCUGAGAGGACAGAGGAACAGAGUAUUUUCCCUUUAUAGCUGAGCUAUGGAGUCAAUUUGUCUUCACUGCGAUUAGCACAGUGCCGUUUCCCAGGCUGUAACUUCUACUAGGAUGGAAAAAAGUUUCCCAAGGGUGGCGGGCAGAGGCAGCAGCCUCUUUCCCCUCAGCCUUCCCAGCAGCAGUCCCCCCCUCCUUCUUCCUGCCUCGGCUAAUUUCUCUUUGCACAGCACAAAAAGUGAUUAAAAAUGAGAUGCGAAGCGUGCGUCUCUGGAGAUCAAUAAUUGCCCUGCUUGAAGAAUUAGCCGGUUUGGGGUAAUCACUGCUCUGCGGUGCCCACGUUAGUUGAGGGAGAGGCGCUCGGCAAUUUAAGCGUUUAACGGAUAAAACGGAGGAGUCUGCGGUCUGGAGGAUGAGCCCCGGCUCCUGCCCGGAGUUUGGAGCUGAUGGUCUUCAUGAACUGCGGGUCCCGCUAAGCCCCCCCUCGCUGCAGUCCUGUCCCGGCCUGCCGGGGGUGGAGGGUUUCAUCUGCAAUUAGCCGGUUGCUGACCGCCCCGUCGGGCCGGAGGGGACUGGCCUUGCUACAUAGGCUACCGGAGCCGGUCGCGGUGCUGCGAAACGCGGGGUGGCCUCGGAGAUAAGCAAGUGACAUCCAGAAGUGUCCCAGACCCGCGGCAGCAGCGAUGUGGUUUUAGUACAAAUAACUUGCCCUUAAUUGUAGGCAGCUGCGGUCCUGUGCCGGGGGCCGGCCGGUUGCCCUCGCAGGCGACCGGGGCUCCUCGGCACCGGCUCCCUCAGUGGUUCAGGGCAGAAACAAGCCGCUUUCUUACAGCUUUGCUCUGCUGUUUGUUUUCACUCGAGUACAGAGAGCUGUCAGCUCUAAUAGUUUCUAACAGCAUCUUUUCAAAAAGCAGGACCCCCCCCAAACACGGCUAACACCGCGGGGCAGCCGCUCGGCACCCUCCUCCCCGAGAGGAGCUGGGAAGGCCUUAAAACCUGUAAAAACAAACGAUGCAGCCAAGAAGUUUACAAAAACACAGGUUAAACAGAGCGCUGCGGCCGCGGGAGGCGAGAGACACCCACCACUGACGGGCGGGGGGAGCGGAAUAUAUUUUGUUUCCCAACCCCCCGCCGCCCCUCCGCGCUGCCCCCUCCAAGGGGCGCUGGGGGUCCCGCGCCUCCCGGGGGCUCAGCAGGGCCCCCCCCCGGGAGCCCAUGGAAGGCACCGCAGGUGCUAAAACAAAAAGGUGGGAGCGGAGAACGGCUUCUCCGUACCCACCCCCUCCGCCUCCCGUCCAGCUCUUACCGCGGCGUGGGGUGAGGCGGGAACGGGGCAGCCGGCAGCAGGGACACCCCCCCCCCCCGCAGACGAGUGUCAUAGGGGCUGCUGGCAGCUCCUGGUAAUCGCUGUUUGCUCUCAAGUGCCCCCGUUAACUCUGACGGGACUGCGGGUUUUACCGGCCCGUUGCGGAGCGGCGGCGGCCAGGAGCUGGCGUUGAUGGCGCACGUUUGUAAUCCUAAUUAUGAACGGGACUAGAGAGAUGCCUCGGCUGUGUGGGGACAGCCAGUGCCCCGCACAAGCCCUUCACGCAGGAGGUGUUACCGGGCAAGCACGACGAGAGCCCCGACGGGGCGAUCGUCCCCGCGGGGUCGGGGCGUCCCGCGGCCGGCCGCGGCCCCUCCGCGCCCGCCCAAGCCGCGCUGCCCGGGGCGGGCGCUGCACGGAGAGGCGGCCGCCCGGCUCCGGAGGACGGGCGUGAGCGGAGUCUGGUCCGCGGGCUUUUGGCGGGGCCGGCGGGACUGUUCGUCCCGGGACUGCCUACGCCCGGCCGAGCGCUGGAGGUGGCGGCGGAGCGGCAGAGCACAGAGCAGCCUCCCUCCCCUCCCCUCCC